UUUCAAUGCCCUAUAAAAUUCAAUGAAAGGUGCAAACUAGGGUUUCUCUGUCGCUCAGUGUCUCAGCUUCUCGGAGCCGCAGCUUGCUCAAGAGUUAGACCGUCUUCGACCUCACAACCAUGACUAAGCGGACAAAGAAGGCUGGAAUCGUUGGAAAAUAUGGUACUCGCUAUGGUGCCAGUUUGCGAAAGCAAAUUAAAAAGAUGGAGGUCAGUCAGCAUAGCAAAUACUUCUGCGAAUUUUGUGGGAAGUAUGCAGUGAAGAGGAAAGCUGUGGGAAUUUGGGGCUGCAAGGACUGUGGGAAAGUGAAAGCAGGCGGUGCCUACACUUUGAACACUGCUAGUGCUGUGACAGUGAGGAGCACAAUCCGUAGGUUGAGGGAGCAAACUGAAAGUUGAGCUACCAUUGCCUAUUUCUUAGGAUAAGUGCUUAUUAGUCUCAGAAACAAACUAUGCAUGAUCUUUUUUUAUAUUUCUUUUUUAAUAUGCAGAAGACUAUUUGAUGUUACUUUAAAUCACUGAAGUGUUUUUACUUUGCUAAGUCUAUAGCUCAUAUCUGUUUGUUCCUGACUUCUUAGUCAAUGAAAGUCUUCAUUGUAGUUUUUGCUCUGAUA